ACCAUUUUAGUCUAUAAGCUGAAGUGUUCAGCACCAACAGCUGUAUCUCAGACCUCUAUGAGUGGUUCCUCUUGGAUAAUUCAUCACCAUUUCUGACUUGUCUUCUUAGAGAAUGGAUUUGUAUCAGCAAAUUUAUUUGUGAACUACUCCAAACAGGACGGAAUCUGUGUUUACUUCUGAGGUUUAAAUGAUGUCGACUUGGAUCGCUAUUUCAUUUGCAUGAAAUCGAUAUAUUCAAAUCAAAGGAGGUACUCUAUUCUUCAUUAGGAGUUAAAAUCAGAUUUAUUGGUCAUGAAUCAUUACCCAUGGUUGGAAGUGAUUUAAUAAACUUAUUGGAAAACAUUGUGAGGUUUUACACACCAUGUGUGACGUUGGCAUAGCAACACGUCUUUCAUGAACUUGUUUGUGAAAUUCAAAGGAUACUGAUUGAUAAUCGUUUUCUGUGGCAGUUCAUUUGUCUAAACUGAUCGUUGGUGUUGAAGCAAUGAGUGGGUUUUCGUAGUAACACGCCCAUUUUGAAGUUGCUUGUUUUCCAUCUUGAAAUUCAGUAGACAUACAUAUCUAUAAUCAUUUUCUUAGGCAGUUUGUUUAUCUGAACUGCUCGUUUUGACAUAGAGGCAUUCAAGCUGUGACUUUGAACAUCAAUUAACUUUCGACAUUGAUUUGUAGCUGAUCUGGAUUGGUUUUGAUAUUGGUCCACUCAAACUCAGGGGGUAGUCACAACUAAAGGCAGAAUCUGCUGAUCCAUCAAAACGAUUUGCAAUAGCUAGUGGCUGCAGACAUUAAAAAAACAUUGGAUGUACAGCAAACGUAUAUUUUAGUCUUAUCGACCGCCAUCAGAAGAAGCAAAUAUUCUCAAAUUUUUGAGCAAAGUAAAGUUUGAAAUAAUGUCUUUUUGCACUAUUCAUGGAUUUAUAUCAAUAAUUGAAGACAAGAAACAAUAUGAGUUGGAGGCCAUUGGUCUUUGGGUAUACACCACUGGACCCAACAAAUAGGAAACAGACACUAAAGUCUAAGUACAGUUUAGGAUCAAAUGACAGUGGGCGUGGAGUGUCUCCUCACAGGCAGGACUCCAACCAAGGUACCUUUCGGUCCUCCAAGGAACUUUCGGAAGUCGAUUUCUCAACCAUCAGCCAGGUCUUAGCUAGGAAUCUUCCUUUGAAAAUUUCGCAGAAGAAGGAGGAGGAGUUUCAUCAGCAAAGUGAUAGUGCCGAGGUUUCUCAGAGGUCUCCAUUACCAGGGCAGAAUUCUGAAUUACUGGUACCUCUACUCAGCCUGAGGAGUUUAAAUCCAACCCCAAGGCCGGCUUCAACUGCUCCAACACCAGUUUCGGGAAGGCGCCCAACAAUUAGGCCCCCAAGAGGAAAAUCUUUGAUCACCCAAAAGAGGUCUGUUCUCACCAAGUUGAACAAAAAGGAAAGGGAGACGAUCAGACCUAUUCCGUUGGAUUCACCUGUUCAGCAAGCCAUACACUUGCGAUCUUAUGAAAAUGUGUCUGAAUCUGACACUCUAUUGCCAGACUCGUCAAACUCAUCUGAAUCUGAGGCCGGGGACCUAGUAGCACCUGUCAUUUAUGUCAAAGAGCCAACUUAUCAGCAAAUAGACAUUGAAGGACGGUUCAUUUCUGUGCCAGAAUAUGAGGAAAGUUUUAAUACUCAUGGUUUCAGCACAAUUAGUACAGACUCUAGAUACGUCUUAGAUGAUAUACCUGAUUUAGAACUUGAUCAGGCUCAUCGGAAAUACAACGAACACAAAAAGGUUGCUGUACAUGUCAAGAAAAGGUUCAAGGAGUCACGGAAUCGAUUAAAGAAGUUAGCAAGUGUGAUUUCUGAUGAUUCUGAAGAAGACACCAAUACAGGGGUGCCAAAAGUGAAAACGAGGCUUCCAAGAGAAGGAUUAGAUGUACUUGUACCCUAUGAUCGGGACCGAUACGUUGAUGUCAAGAAAGUUGAUACAAAUGUGAAACUUCCUCAAAGUCGGCUGAAAAAGCAAGCAGUUCAUUCGCAGAGAAAACAACUGAGAUCGGAGCCACAAGGUGGGGAAAGAGAUCAUUUGAUAAAACGACUGGAGGAAAAGAAUGCCAACAAAAAUCGUGCAAGAUUAGUUCCGGUGGGCUUUGAUUCUCAGUCCGAGCAAGAUAAGGAUCACAUCCGAACAGAAACUAAAACUUUGAAAAGCAGAUUGGACAAUUUGCAUAAAAAGCACCAGAGGUUGAUACCUAUUGGAUACGAUACAGAGUUUGAUAACCGAUUGGAUGGUCACCUCGGUCAACAGAAAUCCAAACCGUUAGACUACUAUUCUGAUCUUGAGAGAAAGCCAAGGCGUCGCCAACAAAAGAAACCAACGCGGCAGAUCGUACACACAAAGCCGAAACAACAUUUCAGGAGGAUUGAUAUUGUUCAGGAAACCUCUGAUCAGGAAUCGAUAAAUUUGUCCAGGCCACCGAGAUAUCCCAUCAGGAGGUCCCGAAAACCUUUAGAAGACGCACGACAUCAACCAAUACCGCAUAAACUCUUUGAUGAAUAUGGUCGCGAGUAUAUUGUCCGUCAUUCAAGACUGCACACUUUCGCUCCGAGUGACUUGAAUGACUACUCAACAGCACCACACAAGCCACCUGCCACUCAUAAUAGAGCUGGGAUUGUUCAUGCAAAUGACCUUCUUCCUGCACAUCCAAUUCCUUCUGCACCAGUAGGACCGGAACUAAAAAGUUCCAGCCACGCUAUACCGGUUUCUUCACAUAGGUAUGUGUUCUAUAACGGUGAUAAUAAAAUCUAUGUAGCUGAGGACUAUUUGCAUAAUUCAAAAGGAUCGCAACAAAAAUUUGACAACGCCAAAGUUAAUUUUGAGAGGAGGUUAAAAGAUCACAUUCAUGAACAGCAGCGGGAUGCAAGUUAUGAUCUAAGGCGUAAGGAUUCUAAUUCAUUACACUUCAAAAUGGAUGAUUAUAACAACCACACAGAGAUUAGCCCUUAUGCCCUUGAAAAACUGAGCGCAAAGAAAUUCUUCAAGGAGAUGGGCCGCCUGCCUGAUGAGAAACGUAUGGACGGUCACUACAGGAAAGAUCGUCCCAGUAAGGAUUAUAACCUAAGAGGACAGAGGGGGAUGCCUCCUAUUCCCUUACCUCGGAGUUAUUCUGAUGAGCGAGGAUAUGCAGGAGCUACCCCAGAUCCAGUCUCGAGGGGGUUCAGCCGUGGCACUUACAGUGGGAAUGCCCCACUGGAUCAGAGCGCCAGUAUUCAGGGAGACACUAGUGUUGACCCGAGCAAGAAUCAGAUCCACAUCUACUCAUACGGGCCGCUGAAUAUAAGUUCUGGUACAGUUCCGAAAGGAGAUGUGAACGAAUCUGUGCCUGAGAACCCUAACGAAAAGGGAACCAGUACUCAUGACAUCAACCAAAAAUCUGGCACGGGUCAUUUUUUAGCCCAAGGCCAGGGUAGGGACGGUUACAGGUAUGUGAAUGAAGAUUUAAAUUCUAGUGGGAAUGGUACUGAGGGUACCCCACAGAAUAAUGAACACAUACGCACUGACCUAUCCUGGCGUAAAAAAAAUUCUGCUGAAAGUACGAAGAAGAAUGUGUAUGUGGUGAAGACACCAUUACACGACAAAAAUACAUCACUUAGACCUCCGACACAUAGGUCUACGAGUCAACAGGUCCAGGAAUUGAGUUCUCCGACCAAGGAGAUUCCGAGAAUGCCGGAAAAGGUUGUUGCUGACUCGGAGACGCAGAAAUAUGAGCCAGGUUCUCUUGAGGAUAUUAAACAGAAAGUGAGAGAAAUCUGGCAUGAGUUGGGCCCGGUUCAGCCAGAGGAGGAGGAGGAAGAGGAAAAGAAGGAUGAGUUAAUGGAGGAUAUGUAUUUCGAUCACGACGAAGAAGCCCAAUACGUCAUUUCCCUCGUCACAGACGACGGUGGCAUAAUUGGGCCAUUUUCAAUGGAGAUUGAUGAUGUGCAGAUAGGUUUUGGUAAGAUGCUACUGGAACGGCAUCCGGAGUUAAUGACUGUGCCAUCAGAGGAGGAGGAGAAACAAGAUAGGGAGGAAACUGAAAAGCCGGAUGAGGUAGAGAUUGCGAGCAAACAGCAACCUCAGGUGGGGGUAGAGGAAGGAAAGGACAAAAAAGGGUUACGUAAUCGUAUCUCAUCUCCAAAUGACAUGAAUGAAUUCUCAAGUCGGAGCCACACCAUGUUACAGCUGAUGAUAGACAAUGAGAUUCCCGAUCCUGAUGAUGAGAAUCUCUACAUAACCAAACAUGGAAAACUCACAUUUGUCGAUUUGGCGGGGAGUGAAAAGGUGAAAGAUUCAACCAUCAUAAGUGGGGAAUUCAUGGCCGAAACCAACAACAUCAACAAGAGUUUACUGGUGCUGGGCAACUGUAUAUCAGCAUUGGCGGACAGUAAGAAAAGAUCGGGGCAUAUACCGUACCGAGACAGUAAACUAACCAAACUGUUAGCAGACAGUAUAGGCGGAAGUGGAGUUACUCUCAUGAUUGCAUGUGUGUCUCCGUCGAGUCAGAACACAGCGGAGACAAUGAACACGCUGAGAUAUGCUAACCGAGCAAAAAAGAUCAAGAAUAAGCCAAUCGUGAAGAUGGAUCCAAGAGAGAAGCUCAUUCUGACCCUGAAGCGUGAACUCAAGAUCCUACGGCAGGAAAACCAUUACCUAAGGCAGCAGCUAAACUUCCCAGAAAAACCUCGAGGAAAACUUCAGAAAGAGAAUGAUGAACAGUUCUUGAAACUGAUGAAACAGAAUGCAAGGAAAAGCAAAGACAAGGAUCGAGACAAAGAUUUCAAAUCUGAAGAAGAUUUUGAUCAGAUUCCACUGGCGUCCGCCAUUCUUCCUCCUGCCAAAACAAUGCCAAUCACCGACAGUACGGUCCAAACGCCCAACACGUCGGAUGGGCCAUCAGAUUUGGGGAAACCCCCUCCCAAUCCAGAUGGCAGUGGAUUGUACGAAAUGUUACAGGAAUACAUGGUGGAAAAUGAAACAUUACGGUCUGAGAAUAACGACUUACAAGGUUUCAAAGAUAAGACGAGAAGAGAUCAGCAAAAUCUUUCUCACGAGAACGAGCGGUUACAGCGGCGACUUGAAGAAAUAGAACGGCUGCUUAGUUCAGAGGCGCCCAACCGAUUUGCCAGUAUAGAACCUCAGUAUCCGUAUUCAGAUCCCAAUGUCACAGCAAGAGGCCGCCAAGGGUCUUAUGGUGAUCUUCCUCCAGUCGAUUAUCGCAGCGCCCCCAAUGGGUACCAGGGCAACUCUCCGCCAGGUAGUAAUAGUCAGUCCCGACAAAGACAGCGCUCAGUGACCUUGCCACAACAUCUUCCAAUGAAACCUCCACAUCGUCUAAAUGAGCCAGUCACGCCGAGGGGAAACGCAGGCUAUCCAGGCCAAAGUUACAGUGAAAAGUUCCAGCAGCGCUUAGACCAGCGAGACACGCAAGGGGGGUACGGCCAUAAUGGGAGUCCCACUCAAAUACGAGGACCUCCACCCGCAGGGCCUCCCUCAGGGUAUUAUGGUGGCCACAAUGAUCAAAACGGGCCAAGGUAUGGAUCGCAAUCUAAUAGUAGAAGAAAUAGUAGUGGUGUCUAUGAUGAUCAAGACCCAGUACCAACACCAAGGCGCAAACCAGGUCCUACACCCGAUCCAAUCCCCCGAAAGUCUACUACCAGCCAACAGGUCAAUCCACAGGGUGGAACAGGUACACACCACUGACAAAAUCAUCAUGAUGAAAUACUUGAUGCCAACUCGCGUCUUCGAAAUGAGCUUGACAACAUCAAUUCAGAGAUACAACGCAAUAAGGGAAUAAAUGAGUUAUCGCGACAGAUAUACGAUAGUUAGCAAAACCAUUUUGGUCAAUCUGCAAUAUUUCUAACUGGAAAACUCAGGACAGAGAGUGGAGAACAGUGUAUGAUAUGAUGGAACAUCAAAUCUUUUUAGAGGAUUUGUGUCAUUUAUGGAGUUUCAUAUCAGGAGUGGUAAUUGUGGUGUACAAGGCAACAGUUGGAAAAGACCUGACAUGAUCUGUUGUUCUUGAAGGGUUUCAUAUAUUAUUGACUAGGGCCACUCUGGGGCUAAAAACAUUGUAGACUGGAUAUAUUGUGAUGGAAAACCACUUGACCUUAGGACGCUUCUGAUGUUUCAGGAUGUUAUUUGGUUCGCUAGGGCGUUAUUUGUGGCAAUGAACUUUGCCAUUUAUUGCAUCACGUUGUUAUGAGACAUGUGCUUCGGUCCGUUUGAGGAUACACAAUCACGCAUCAGACCAAAAUAUCAGGCCACUGUAGUGAAGUGUAAAGGCUUGUAUGGAUAGUGAAUUACUGCUGAUUAUAAGUGAACUGUGAUUGCAAAGUUUUAAAAUGCCUUGACAAACAGAAAUAUUGGAAUUUCAAUUGAAAAUGAGCAAAUUCGACAACUUGAGCUUUGCGAACAUUUCACAGUGUACAAUUACCCAAAUUGUAGAUGAUAAUUGAAAACAAAGGCAAAGACUAGCAGACGUAACUUUCUUGGCGCAGUUUUUGUAAAUAGCAUUUUUGUAUUUUUACUUGUUACGAAUUGUACAUCUUUAGGAGUUGCAAUUACUGUUUUUGUGUAAAAAUUUCCACUGUAGGUACAUAAUAUUGUAUUCCUUGUUAUAUUCUAGAGGCACUAGUUGUCAGACUAGUGUUUUCUGCUUUAUUUAUUUAUUUGUUUUGAUAUUCAGAUUCGUUGCAGAUCAGCAAGGUUUGUAUAGCAAGUCAGCCGAGUAUACAAGGGCUAAGCCGCCCCCCCCCCCCCACGUUAUUGGAGAAAUUUUUCACAGAGGUGCUUCCUCUCCGUUAGACUCCUGGAUCCAUCCCAGGUUUAUGAAGUCUGAGGGCCUGCUGAUAUUGAGUAGGUCAAUCAGUUAUAAUGGCAUAUAUUUUGUUGGGACCGACAUUCUUUGUUAUUUGAUUAUUCUCCUACAGAAAUAAAUUCAGAGUACAAAUAAUUAUUUCACCAGCAAAGUUUUAUUUUUUACCAAAAUAAACAUUUUGAGAGUA